GACUCCAGGAUCAUGACCUGAGCCGAAGGCAGUCGCUUAACCAACUGAGCCACCCAGGCGCCCCUGUUCCUGUUCUCUUGAACAGAGGGUGGGACUGUGAUCCUCGGACCAGCAGCAUCAGCAUCUCCUGGGAGCAUGUUAGGAAUGCUAAUUCGAGUCCCACCCCAGACCUGCUAAAUGGGAGCCUCUGGGGGGUAGAGACAGGGAGUCUGUUUUAACAAGCUUCCUGAGCGGUCUUUGGCACUCCCGUAAAAGCUGUGUGUACGUGUACCUGUGCGCACAGGGGACACACUCACACGCACAGGCCUUUGUUAACCUUUAUCAAUCCCAGACAGAUUUGGGGGGAAGCCGUCAAAGGCCAUUCAUUAGGGCUUAGGUUCAAGUUGCUUUUUAAAAGAGAUCUGAAAUCAUUAUGGACCAUCUCAAACGUGCGCAGAUGUGGAGAGGAGAGUGUUAGGAAUGCCCAUGUGCGCCUCACUCUACUUGUGAUUUAACCUUUGGCCAUCUUGCCUUAGCCAGCCCCUCCCACGUUACCUUUUUUUUUUUAAGUUAUUAUUUUGAAUUUGGGGAGCACUGGAAAACAGUUGUCAGCCGUGCAGACGUGCGUCCUUAGCCGACUCAGGUCCGCCCAGCGAGGAGCUUUGGGGCCUGGUACCGGGCAUCCUCGCAGCUGGGUUAUUCUCGGUGUGACAUGUAGGGCUCUCUCCACCUUUCUCCCCAGCUAAAAAUUGGUCCCUUGCCAGAAGCGAAAAUGAGAGGUAAAACGUCAACAUUUCAAGUCUUUUGUUAUGAGUUUGUCUGUUUUUGUCUUUUAAGGUGAACAUUUCUUACUUGCUCUCAGCUGCCUCCCAGCCCCUCGCAGACAGGGGGCUUGUUCUGACCUUCAGGAACUUGAUGGGUCAGACUGGGAGAGGUGGGCUUUGUUUUUGCGUGUUUAAGGCAGUGUAUCCAGGGACCUGGUCAGUGACCAGUUAAUUAGCCCAUGUCAACCAGGCAAGAAUUUUGUUUCUACUUUUCAAAGAGAAACAAGUGAGGUUCAGCUCCCUCUCUUCUCUUUGACGUUGAUUUAAGGACUUCAUUUCUCUAAAAGUAAAGCAAAGCACACUGCAUGUGUUCAUUUGGCAGUGCAUGGGGGACUAUUAUGACUCAAGCCUGAGGCCCCCAGUUGCCUCAUAGCCUUUGAACCAGCAGUUACUUCUGUAUUUUAAGCCAGGGUCUUCAUUGGGGUUUGUCACAGAAUUUGGGCUCACAUAAUUCCAGUGUUUCUUCCAAGAGCGCUGUGACAUACAGAAGCUAAAAAUGCUGUGUACAGACCACAUACAGAGAAUAAAAGAUGGGACACACAUGUAGCUGGGACGGUGGAGGGCAGAGAGAUGGGGGGGCGGGAUUUAGUUUUGCCGCAGGUGCGAUGCUGGAGGCCUCCGGGAUAUGGGGGAUCAGAUCACUGAAUCUAGUCUGAAGUGGCUGCCUGGUUCGGGGACCCCCUUGCGCGGGCUGCAGGCAGGAGAAACUGAGCACCGGGGCCUGGGGCCACAUCUGUAAACGGGAGAGCCCAGAGCUGGCGGCUCUGGAUUCUCAGGCUGGGGCUGCGUGUGUGCUAGCUCUCUGGGACCUGUUACCAGUGUGUCUAAACUUGCUUGUUUCUCUUUAUGGCUUGGCUGCCCAUUUCACUCCGACCCGGGGUGGGGCCAAACCCAACCAUCCACCCGCCGACUGCUGGUGGCCCUGACCACAGUUGUGAAGCAGCGCAUGCAGAUGUACGACUCGCCGCACCGGUCAGCCCUCCGCUGCGUCUGGACGGUUUGGAGGACCGAGGGCUUGGGGGCCUUCUACCGGAGCUACACCACACAGCUGACCAUGAACAUUCCCUUCCAGUCCAUCCACUUCAUCACCUACGAGUUCCUGCAGGAGCAGGUCAACCCUCACCGGGGCUACAACCCACAGUCCCACAUCAUCUCGGGCGGGCUGGCCGGGGCCCUCGCCGCAGCUGCCACCACCCCACUGGACGUCUGUAAGACCCUCCUCAACACUCAGGAGAACAUGGCCCUCAACCUGGCCAACAUCAGCGGCCGGCUGUCGGGCAUGGCCAAUGCCUUCAGGAUGGUGUACCAGCUCAAUGGCCUACCCGGCUAUUUCAAAGGCAUGCAGGCCCGUGUCAUCUACCAGAUGCCCUCCACGGCCAUUUCCUGGUCUGUCUAUGAGUUCUUCAAGUACUUUCUCACCAAACACAAGCUGGAGAGUCGAGCUCCGUACUAAAGGAACAGGCUGUGGGCAGUGAUUCCAGAAUCUUUUAUUUUAAAAAGGCUUUUCCUGCCUGCUUCCAUUCCCUUGUCCUCACACUGAGGUUAUGUUGGCGGGGUGUUGGCAGGGUGGGCCCUCUGCUCCCUGACGCCUCAGAGAGUGGGGACAAUGCGACAGCCGCUGACCGGAAGGCCGUCCACAGGGACGUCCGAGGUGGUAGGUGGGGGAAGACUUUGGACGGGGAGCGAGGGAUGGCUUUUGCCAUCCCUCCCCUGACAGGAAUGUAGCUUUUCUGCCUCCCUGUAGCCGUCUCCUGCCCUACGAUCGCAGCUCACAAGGGAGGGGAGAAAAUGUGCAGUGACUGAAAGCAUUAAAGAAAAAAAGAAAAUUCUGUAUAUAAAAGUUCUAGUACACAGUACAAAAUAGAUGGAUAAUGUUUAUCCUUUAUUUUUCUAUGUAGAAGUUUCUGUGUGUGUGUGUGUGUGUGUGUGUGCAUGUGCACACGCCAGUGCGUGUGUGCAAAUAAGUGGUACAGCUGGGAAUGUCAAGUUUUUGUUUUUUUUUUUUAAAAAAGAUAGAGGGCUGAAUUCUUCCAUUGGGUUAAGUGAAAAGGCACCAAAGUGAUAAAUUACUGAAUGUGGCCUAAGAUUGUGUGGAGCCCCCAGAUGGAAGUUUCACUUGAAUGUAAAAUAAUAAAGUUUAUAUUUUGAAUUUACGUUGCAAACAAAAUCAAAA